UUCGCGUAACGUAGUUCAGUUAGACCGGCAGCUCUUCAGUGGAUGGAGGUAAACACGGAAUACCCGUCCCUCUGUGAUGACUGAAGCAGACGCCUUCGACGCGUCCACAGAAGACCCACCCCCCGGCCACGAGACGGCGGACAACGUGACUGCGCUCCUAAACAACGUCACCGAUGCCGUGGCGACGGAGGAAGUGAUGGGACCUCGCUACCACAAGCGAGUCCGCAUAGGCAUCAUCAUCACCAUGAUCAUCCUGUCGGUAGUCGGUAACACCGUUGUCUGCUGCAACCUGCUCGUGAAGCAGCGCCGGCGGCGGGUGUCCAAGGCACGGGUUCUGUUCCUGAACCUGGCCGUUGCGGACCUGCUGGUGGCCUGCAUCACGAUGACGUCACAAGUUGUAUGGGAAGUGAUGGGCCGGCUGUGGAUCGCGGGAGACGCCUUCUGCCGCUUCUUCAAGUUCUUGCAGACUUUCGCACUUGUCUCAUCCACCUACAUGCUCGUGGCGAUCGCGAUAGACCGGUACAUCGCCAUCGCGACGCCGCUCGCACCGAGCACAGACCCGUGGAAGCUGGCUGCCCUGACGUGGUUGACAUCGUGCAUGCCCUCGCUGCCGAACGUUUACGUCUUCCACAGCGUCGAAGUGGCGCCCGGCAAGUGCUUCUGCGCGUCCAUCUUCUACGACCGCGACACGCCGCUCUACCACCGCCAGAUAUACAUGGGAUUCGUGUUCUUCACGGUGUUCGUCGUGCCGCUUGUGCUGCUCAUUGCGUUCCACGCGGGAAUACUGUGGGCCAUCUGGAAGCACAGUGCGACCAAUCGAAACAUGAGCCGGCAAACCACUUCGUCGCUGCCUCGAGCUAAGGUAAAGACGUUGAAGAUAACGGCCGUGGUUUUCGGCGCCUUCCUGGUGACGAACGUGCCGUACAUGGUGCAAGAGGCCAUUCUGGCCUUCGGCAACCCGGGUAUCCUGGACGCCAACAUGGUGGCGCUCUUCGGCGUCAUCUCGGCUUCUAACAGUGCCAUCAACCCUUACAUCUUCCUCUACUUCCAGCGGCCACCCAGGGACGUUGACGACGGUGCCGGCUUUUGGCGGACUGCGGCUCGUAUCGUCUGCGAGUCGCUCACUUGUCGCCUUCUAACCCGUUCUCGCGCGGGCUCCCAGAUGUCCACAGAUCCGGAGGACGUUUGCCCCUCGAUGCGCCAGUCGAAGGCUUCCAUUAAGAGAAAUGGCAAACCGGCAGCUACAGACACACCACCUAACAUGAAGAGUCGUUCCAUGUGCUAAGCGGAACAGAUUUACAGCGUCAUCUGUUCAUGGCGACAUUGGCGAGAAGUGUGAUUGUCGCAAGGACAGCGUCUCAUUGAAGAAUCACGAGCUGUAAAGUUUAGGUACCAUACGGAACCGCGCUGUUUUCGGUCUAGCCGUACGCCUGGACCGAUCGGUCAGAACGUGAUCAGUGUGAGCAGUAUUGGAAGCAGCGCUGUGUGGCUGCCGACCGCAACGUUCUUCAGGAAAUAACAACUCCCGCAAGUGCGGCAAUCAACACACACUGGCUUCGUUGUUCAAGACUAGGCGGUGCGCUUCCCCGCUGUGCGUCGUAUGCGGUGAUAUCGGCGACAUCGCAGAUUUCAUUUGGUUAUGUCUUUAGUUCGACACGGAAAGAGAAGCGAUGGUCCGCAGCCUGCAAAGGGGUGGUCUCAGGCAUCCGACGUUUGAAGACGUGUUUUUUACCGGGGGGCCCGCGGCAGUCAGGAGGAAAUUCCAGCGACUGCCGUUUGCCUUCUUGCGAGACACGGGACUGUUUAAAGCCUGGUGACACACUCCUACCCUCAAAGCAUGAGAGGCUCAAGGGGGACGAUUGCCGGUUAUGUAUGCCAGGCCAACCCCUCCUGCUGCAUCACCACAAGCCACUGAAAGAUGAAGAUGUAAAUAUCCCCACUAUUGACAGGAGCUUGCUCUUCGUAAUGGUGUAGACAGCUGUCUACAUAUACAUCUAAAUGUCAUCUUCCCGAAAGAGUCCCUGUUUUCCCUUUCCCAUCCUGCCAUCUUUAUUGUUAUUUCCUGUUACAGCGAAAGGGACGAAAAACAUUUGCGUGCGUUGUGACGUGCUGUUCAAGACACUGCACAGCUCGCUUUUACGGGCACUGGGUGUUCGGUCUAAGUUUACACGUGAGCGAUGCGCUGAGAGAUACAUAAGCUCUCCUGUCGCAGCACGUUUUACAAACAUGGAAUAAAG